AUGGAGGACCCUUUCGUUUCGAGCCCCGAUGGGCUCGCGGGCACUCGAGAGCCCCACCGGUAUUCAUCGUUCGAUACACAUCUUUUCAGUCUAAAUGCAUCGUCGCCAUCCCAAGCUAAGCGAGCCCUGGAGGCGCAUUUGGCGGAAACCGAACGGAGACUACAAGAGGCGUCAAAACUCGGCACGGCACUAGUCAAUCAACAGAAGGAACUUACCGACAAGCUUCACGAACUUGACCAGCAUCGAGAUGAAAGCGAGAUCAGCCCGGAACUACGACAGAAGCUGGUCGAGCUAGAGAAGGAGUACAAUGAGAUUGGUCGCGAUAGCGCGCGUGCUUUUUUGGCUCCUAAGCGAGCAGUUAGUGGUGGGGAGGGUACUCCAGGCAUCGAUCCACGCUCACCCGCAGCGGCUGCCGUCUUCACAAGCCAAGCUAGUGCAUCGCCAUCCAAAGUCAGCGUCCCUUCGCGUAAACAACGCAACCAGCCCUCGAGCCGUGUCCAUGACAUUGAGUUUGCUACUGAGAUUUCGACUUCGCUCCUGGCACAGGUUCGCCAAUUACAAGCGCUUCUGGCCGAACGAGAAGAAUCUUUAAAGGCCGCGAAUCUGGAAAACUCAAGAUUGGAGCUCGAAGCUGAAGGAUUUACGCAAAGAAUCCGUGCUCUCGAUGAGAGCGAGCAACGCUACAAAGAUGAGAACUGGAAUCUGGAAACUCAGAUGCACGAGCUCAUGACAGCGGUUAAAGAUGCCCAAGAGCGCGAAACCAAGCUCACCAGUGCCUUGAGCUCUCUAACAGCCGAGAAGACGGGUAUCGAACGUGAAGUGGAGGAGUUGAAGCAGGCUCAUGGGAAACUGCUAGAGGAUCAGACUCUUACACAGAAAGCACACGAUUCCGAAGCAAACUUGCUGCGAAGGAAUUUGACCAGUGGAGAUGCCGAACGAGUCGUACUCCAAGCAAAAGUCGAGGAAUUGACAUCCCAGAACCAAGAGCUCGCCAUGGCUGUUGCAUCCAUGCGCGGUAGACGAAUGGAGGCUGAAACACCUCGUCCCCGGUUGACCGAUACCGAGGAUACGAUGCCAGAUCAAGAUAGCCCCGAAAGCUCCCCGCCUCCAUCGCCCAAUAAGCAAACGCCAAGACACGGUCAUUUGGAAACUGAAACCCUACGAAGCUCUCUCGGUCACGCUCAUCGUAUGAUCCAGAACCUCAAGAGCAACAUCCAUCGCGAAAAGACAGAAAAGAUCGAACUCAAGCGAAUGCUGCAAGAAGCUAGGGAUGAGCUAGAGACUCGCCGUCGUGAGACCAAUCCACCUGGGAGCGGCACCAAACGCCAAAAGGUCAAAGCCGAUACCUUCAAAAAGCCACUUCCCCGCUCUGAUCUACUUGGACCUAGCCGUAGGGGACGCACUGAAAUCUUGGACGAAUCAGACUGGGAAGAUCACACAAGCGAAGCAAGCCCAACGCGUACGGUUCGGGGCAAGCGCUCUCCGGGAUACGCAAAUGAUCUCAGUGAUGUUUACCAAACCGCUGCCGAAACCGAUGAUGCCUUUGAAACGGCUAACGAGCGAGAGACUGCUACUGAAAGCGAGGCCUUCCAGACUGGUGCUGAAAGUUUGGCCGAGGAUAGCAAUGGUGAUUUGACUGAAACCGAAACAAAAAGAACUCCUCGUCAAGGAAGUGCUCGCCCGAAGAAGGUUCCUUCUCAGCUUUUCACUUCAAGGCCAGGCGAUAGGAUCUCUUAUUUGAGCACUGCGUCUACGUCAGAUGACGAUAGCGAAGAAGUUCACACGCCAAUCCAAUCGCAACGUAACCGUAUCAGAGUCAGUCGCGGUGGAUUCCGACGAAUUAGACCAUCUGGAGAGGCUCCAAUGGCAUCUUCUGUCCACGAAAUAUCCAGCGCUCAAAAUUCGCCAGCCAGUUCAUUUCAGCAUGACAACGCAGCACCCAUGGGACAGAGCUUAUUUGCAGAACUCGAAGAACUUGGCAGUCCCGGCAGUGACGGUGAUUUUGGUACUCCCAUUCGCUCCACACAUAUGCUAUCCCAGCCAUCCACUCCACUCCAGAACUCAGUCACCCUGGUUAGGCAACCGUCUCAAGCAUCAAUUGUUGUCAAGAUUACGAUGGUCGAUUCUUCCACGAUGACUGACGCUUGGGAGCCUGAAGCACUUCCAGUUCCAGUUCCUGAGCCGACUACAGUCAAUGAGCAAUCGACUGAGACAUACUCACCAGAUCUAGUAGAUUCGGCAACUCAGUACACGCCUUCGAAACCGUUCCCAGGAUCAAAUGGCGACCACCAAACGGCUUUCCCUACUCCACCGAAGACAAUUUGGGACGAGUCCGCGACAAACGAGGAUAGAGACGUUACUCGCGAGGUUCCAAGUCCUCCGGUUUACAAUUUGGACUUCUCAAGCAUCAAUACCAUAGAGACAACUCCAGUUAGACCUCUCACUCCAGAACUGACUUUCUCAGCCAUAGUCGAUCAGGCCACUGAACCGGUGGCGGCAAAUAUCUUCGAAUCUAAGGAAAUUCCCGUCAUCGAAGAUAUCGAACACAGCGAACCUAUACAAUUGUCGCUGUCGCCCAUAUGCAGUGAGGACACUCAGCCCAUCGCGUUCACAUUACCACCUGUUGAACCAGUCCCUAUCCCUGAACCGGUACCGGAAGUACCUGUUGCACCACUCCCUCAAUUGUCUCUGUCUUCGAUCUACAGCAUGCACACUGAGCCCUUGGUUCUGCCACCAAAACCACAACUUGCAUCUCCAGUUCUGUCGCUUGCAUCAAUCCAGUCUCUAGAGACUCUUCCGGUUGAGCCUGUCACCCCUCCUCCCGUGAUCCUACCUGCGGAAGACGCAUCAGAACGACCUAGAUCUGCUAUAAUAAGCAGUGGUACUGAUACGCAACUUGGCAAGCAGCCAUCUACGAUUUUCGUCUCCGAAGAUAAAACAAGUCAAUCUCAGGAACAAGUGGAUGUUGAGAACCUGGCGAAGGAGACAACUUUGCCUUUGAACGAUAUAUCUGGAAAUAGCACUUCUCGCGAGAGACGACCAAGCACUCUACAGCAUACCGACCAAGCUUCUCAGACGACCUUGUCGUCUAAGCAGAUUGACCAGUUGCUCUUGGAGCGCAUGGCUUCCCGCCCUUUCACACCAUCUGAGCCAAGAUCUGUCAAUGGCAUGGACUCAACAUUCAAUUCUCCCGGUGCAACGCCGAAGGCCAAAACCCCGAUUAUCGACGCUAGUACGAUACCAACGAUUCAAACGACGACMCCCAAGCGGCSGGGAAGCUCCGCAAGCCUCAGAAGAGGCUCCUCUUCCAGCCUUCACCCCCCUCUACCAGCCGAUCACAAACAAGCUAUUGCUGCAGCACAAACUGCUCAGGGUACAACUGGUACAAUGGGCCCCCCUCUUGCUCCAGCAUCAGCGUAUAAGAACACUAUGCGUCCCAAAACCCCCGGUGAGAGCGUCGGGCCUGCUGCUUCGAUUCGUGCUCGGUCAGGUCGGGAAAGUCAAGCGUCUACUCGGAGAUCGUCGCUGUCAUCGUUUGCUUCUGAGCUUGAGGCUAGGUUUCAUAUUGGAGAUGAGUUGCCUCAAGGUAUCCGCCCCGGCACAGAUCCUCGUAUGAUUCAAGCUAUCACGCAGACAAUGAUUGGAGAGUAUCUAUGGAAGUAUACCCACAGAAUCGUGUCAGGAGAGAUAUCGAGUACACGUCAUCGUCGUUACUUCUGGGUCCACCCUUACACCCGUACGCUAUACUGGAGUGAUCAAGAUCCGGCAACUGGAGGCAAGCAUAAUGGCAAAGCCAAGCAUGUUGCAAUCGAGGCUGUUCGUGUGGUCACGGACGACAAUCCCUAUCCUCCUGGUCUACACCGCAAGAGUCUGGAGGUUCUCACCCCUGGUCGUCGCAUUCGUUUGACCGCUGCCACGAGUCAAAGACACGAAACAUGGUUCAAUUCUUUGUCGUAUCUGCUUCUCCGAACAGACGAUGAACAAUCAACGCACGAAAUCACCGCAGAGGAUGUAGAUGAGUUCAAUCCAGGUGUUCGAAGCACAUCACGCCAAACAGGACCCAGGAUGUCCGUGUCAUCAUACCAGAGUGUGAAGACUAACACUUCGAAACCGCGUGCUCCGUCGUCACUAUCAGUCCGCCCAGCAGUCACUCCUGGCCGUGUGUCGCCUGCACCAAGCUCCCAGCAAAACUCUUCACUUCGUCAGGAUCAAUAUCGACAGAGUACAUCAUCCCGCAUAAGCAGUGUAUUCAAUGCGACAAUUCGAGGGUCUUUUGCAAGCCGACGAGGCAGACAUACUCCUGUCCAGGUUGAUAGCAUCUAUGACAACAGUGCUGAGCACGAUAGUGCAGAGGAUCUUCGGCAGGUCAUCGAGCGUCAAGAGCGUGAAUCCGAUCGCUUGGAGAACGCAAGCAUGAUGUCGGGUCUCUUUCAAGAACAAGCCGAUUCAGUCCCGGACUAA